AUGAAGCUUUGUCCCAAUCAAAGACAGCGAAGCUAUAACCUACAGGUUCUGCUUUUGGUGCUAUUUUUUGUGUUAAUCCUGGUCAAGCUUUAUUUGGAUUCAAAAGAUGCUGCAAGUUUUGCGACAAAGCCAACUUCAAUUUCAAAUUCUCCAAAUCGGAUGGUCAUUGUUGUCACACCAACUUAUAAACGGAUCACUAGAAUUCCUGACAUGACCCGCCUAGCCAACACCCUAGCUCACGUGGAAAACCUUCACUGGCUUGUGGUAGAAGACGGUUAUGGUAUCGUCCCAGAAGUUCGACAGAUGCUCGAGAGAACUAACUUAUCGUAUACCUACAUGGCUCACAAGACUGCAAAAGGGUACCCAUCGCGUGGUUGGUAUCAGCGAACGAUGGCGUUGAGAUACAUUCGAUCGUCGUCGGCGAAGAUCCUGGGAAAGCAGAGAAACGGCGCAGUUGUGUACUUUGCAGACGAUGAUAAUGCGUAUGAUGUGAGGUUAUUCACUGAUUAUAUAAGGAAUGUGAAUACUUUGGGAGUUUGGGCUGUUGGCCUAGUCGGAGGAGUCGUUGUGGAAGCUCCAAAAGUCGUCAACCAAAAAGUGACCGCCUUCAACGUUAGAUGGGCUCUCAGCCGACGAUUCGCCGUAGACAUGGCAGGCUUUGCAAUCAACCUGAAACUAAUCCUAAACUCCGACGCAGUAUUCGGAACAGACUGCAAACGAGGAGAGGGCGCUCCGGAGACAUGUCUGCUGGAGGAUAUGGGGUUGAAAAUGGAAGAUAUUGAGCCAUUUGGCUAUGAUGCAACGAAGGUCCGAGAUAUCAUGGUAUGGCACACCAAAACUAGUCCCCCAGAGAUUGAGCAAACCGACCAGCCAAUUGAUUCGUUGGGCUAUUUUGUGGAGUAUUGA